AAUCGGUUUCGCAACUUCCCACCUUUAAUUCCCACAUUUUAUAAUUAUUAUUAAUUAUUAAUUUUAUAAAUAAUUCUUCAAUUCCCUCUGUUUCAUAUUUUGAAAAAAAUAAAUAAAAAUUGUAAGACUUAGCAAGUGUUCUUGUUGGGUGGGAGAGAAGAUCGCCACUCUCUUGAUCUCUUCCCAUUUCCAUUUUUAUUGUUUUGGUUAUUUUAUUGGCUAUUCGCGAUUUUCGCACCAACCCUGAUUCGAAAAUCUCUUCUCCUUCGUCCACCUUUCUCUGUCUUGUCUGUCACACAACGCACAUUCCAAUAUUCAUAUCCAUUCAAAUUUGAGAUAACCUUAUUGUUUGUUAACUUUUCGGGUUUUGGUUGGAUUCCGCCUUCUAUUUUUGGCUUUUCAGCAGCAAUUCGAAACAGAAAAUUUUGGCUGGUACCUGUAUUCUCUCCUUUACUGUUCCUUUUGUAUUGAUUUUCAUUGCCCUGACAAAUUCUCAUUCUUGAUCCUAGCAUACUCCUCAAAUUUGGAUCUGGGCUAUCUUCCUUUUAUGACUUGGGUUUUGGGGUCGUCCUUUGACCGCCAAUACCUGUAAUUGGUGAUCCGGGUUCUUAAGGUUUCAGUUUUGGUCCGAGGCUUUGGCAUUUGGGGAUCUGGGUUCUUUCCCAUUUGAAGACUUGAGUUGCUGCCGUAAAAAAACUGUGGAAGGAGGGAAAUUUCUUUUGAAGGGUUGGAUCAUUACUCAACUUCAAUUGUGCCACAAGAUAAUACAUAGAAAGAAAAAGAAGUUGUCUUUUGUUUCAGGAUCGGAGUGAUUUUCUAGUUUCUCAUUUGGCAAUUGGAGCUAUGGAGUAGCUUUGUUUGGAAUUAUGGGCUGCAUUUGCUCGAAAGGGUUAGCGAAACAGUAUGACGCGGAGAAUAAUGGGAGAAAUAAGGAAGCGAAUCCAAAUAAGCAUUUGAAGAAGAAGCGGUUAGAAGCUCAUGCAGGCAUUGACAAUAGUGGGAAUGAUGCUACUGCCCGGUUGAUUUCAAAUCCAAGAACAGAAGAAAAUGUUGGGUUUGCUCCUGUUUUAUCAGAUGAGGUUGGGAAAAGGGCAGUCGUCGUUAGUGAGAACCUCACAAGACCCCAGCUUCCAAAACAACCUUCAUCUAUAGAAGUUGGAGGGGGCAACGGGGGACAGGUACAUCCCAGGGUGUCUCGGGCAUCAAGCGUCACCAAUGGGGAAAAAGGAGCUCAGGUUAUUGCUGGAUGGCCUUCAUGGCUAACUGCUGUGGCUGGAGAAGCUAUCAGUGGGUGGGUUCCUCGCAAGGCAGACUCGUUUGAGAAGUUGGAAAAGAUUGGCCAAGGAACUUAUAGCAGCGUGUACAAAGCUCGGGAUCUUGACACAAACAAACUAGUUGCAUUGAAGAAGGUUCGAUUUGCUACUAUGGAUCCAGAAAGUGUUCGGUUUAUGGCUAGAGAAAUUCUUAUUUUGCGUAGGCUUGAUCACCCUAAUAUCAUGAAGCUUGAAGGCUUAAUUACCUCAAGGGUAUCUGGAAGCUUAUACCUUGUAUUUGAGUACAUGGAGCAUGAUCUUGCAGGGCUUGCAUCAAGACCAGGAGUCAAGUUUACGGAGGCACAGAUUAAAUGCUAUAUGCGGCAGCUUCUUCAAGGUCUUGAACAUUGUCACAGUCAUGGUGUUUUGCACCGUGACAUCAAGGGAUCAAAUCUUCUGAUUGACAAUUAUGGAAAUCUGAAGAUUGGUGACUUUGGGCUGGCAAAUUUUUACGGUGUUCAUCAAAAGCAGCCUCUAACAAGUCGUGUCGUAACCUUGUGGUAUCGACCACCAGAACUCUUGCUUGGAUCUACAGAAUAUGGAGUUGCUGUUGAUUUGUGGAGUGCUGGUUGUAUUGUUGCUGAAUUGUUUGCUGGGAAGCCUAUUAUGCCGGGCAGAACUGAGGUGGAGCAGCUGCAUAAGAUCUUCAAACUUUGUGGGUCACCUUCUGAAGAAUAUUGGAAGAGAUCAAAGUUGCCUCAUGCAACCAUUUUUAAACCUACUCAUCCUUACAAGCGUUGCGUUGCUGAAACAUUCAAGGACUUCCCUUCAUCAACAUUAUCACUGUUGGAGAAGCUUCUUGCAGUAGAGCCUGCAGGCCGUGGAACAGCUUCUUCUGCACUCCAGAGUGAGUUCUUCACAAUGAAGCCUCUCCCUUGUGAUCCAUCAACUUUGCCAAAGUACCCACCAAGCAAGGAGUUUGAUGCCAAGCUUCGAGACGAGGAAGCUAGAAGGUUAAAAGCAGCCGGUAAAGAAGUAGGAUAUGAGUCACUUAAAAAGGGCUCUAGGGUCUCUAAGGCUGUGCCAGCACCGGAUGCCAAUGCUGAGUUGCAGUCAUCAAUACAGAAGCAUAAAGGACAGCAUAACCCUAAAAGCGUCAGUGAGAAGUUCAAUCAUGAAGAGGAGGGAGGCUCUGGUUUCCUUAUUGAACCUCCUAGAGAUAUGUCACGUAAUGGUAUCCCACAAUCUGGGCAGUCUAUGCUAUUGAGUGCCUUUGGAUCUCACAAUAUGGAUGCAAGGGCUGGCCAGUCUAGGAACGGUGCAGAGUUGAGGUCACCAAGAUCUAAUGUGCAUCGUGGAGCAGUUGAGUUGUCCAGAUUUUCCAAUUCUGUUGCAGCACGAAGUGAAUCAUGGUUUGAUAGUUCUGGAGAGACCAGUAUGACUUCACACUGGCCUGAGGAGCGUAUUAAUGGUGGAUAUAGUCAGCUGAAUGGUGGUGAUUCUUCUGGAAAACAAGAAUGGUCUCACCAUUUGCUGGAGAGGCCAAUGUCUUCACAUAAGAAUAAAGAUGAACCAAUGUCAGAGAAGGAGCCUUCUGCGGCUUAUGCUUACAAGAAGAACCGAAUUCAUUACUCUGGACCAUUGAUGCCAGCAGGAGGAAACCUUGAUGAGAUGCUCAAAGAGCAUGAGAAAAAAAUCCAGCAUGCUGUCCGUAAAGCCCGUGUUGAUAAGACGAAAACCAAAAAAACACACAACGGCCCUGGACUGAUCACAGAGUCGCUACUUCACCACAGUAGAAAUGACAAGGGGUGAUUGAUGAGGAAAUUCAUGUUUCCUUGAUAUGGUGCAGAAGCUCCUGCAGAAGGGCAUAUAAUUUUGAUUUUAAGAAAGAUAUAGGGAGACCUUUUCGGUUUCUGAAACUUCACCGCAGGGGGGCAUUUGUUUAUGGCAUCGAAAGGUAUGAAUGCCAUAAAAAGCACAGCUCUAGCCACGAAUCUGUUUCAAAUGAUCCUGACGCAAGUCUUUGUGGGGUAAAUGAAAUCUUUCUGAUUAUGAUACGAUAUAUUUAUUGACAUACUUGGUGAUAAAUGUCACCUUGUUUUGUCCAAAGUACUGAGAGACAUUAUGUACAGUUGAACGAACCUCUUUUGAUAUCAAAUUUUAACCCGUUCUAUGUAAAGGAUCAGCGGUUGACCAAAA